AUGGAAAAAGUCGCAGACAAUAAACUUUCCACUUAUUUUAUCCCUCUGACUCAAGAUCAAAUCAAAAAUGAAGAUAAGAGCAUUGACUAUUACGAAGAGUUUUGUAAACUAUUUGUAUACAAUUUAUUACUAAAGCAAAAAGUUGAAGAGCUUGCAGUUGAUAAAGAGCGCUUUCAGAAGAGGCUUGCAAGUCUAGAAGAAAGUUUAUCAAAUGGGAAGAAAAAAAGAUAUAGACGCACAGCUGAUAAAAUUGAAAGGCAUUAUACUUGCCAAGUAUGUGGGAAAUCUUAUGGGUCAGAAGCUUCAGUGAACAACCAUCUCAAACUUAAGCAUUCUUCAUAA